AUGCAAGGACUCAAUCCCGAGAACUUUGCCGGUAACGCUAGUAGCAUUUGGAAGAUGCUUGAUGAAAUGGCUGAGUCUGAUCCAAAGGGAUACGAAAAAUUUAUUAAAGAACAAAUGGAAGUUGGCAAAGGUCUGACAAGUCGUCCCAAGUGCCGAUGUGUCUACAAAUGUACUCUCAAGGUACAAUUAUUUUAAGCCUAUUACUUUUUAAGGACGGAGGAAACAUUUUCGUAAACAUGUGCGAAUGGGAAUAUCUGAACAUGCCGAAGUCAGAAACAGAUGCCAUUCCCAUGUUUUGCGGGGACACGUACCUCGUUGAAAACGGUGCGUACUUUAGCUCUGUCCUACAGCGCGUUAAGAUCCUUUGUUUUUUUUUCUUAUGAGGUGCGGUGUACAAUUCACGUUGUUGUUUUUUUUAUGAGAAUUGGUCAUAUUUUGGACUAUGGCCGAUUAAAGUCAAAAUGCUUUAUCUUUACGCAGCCGCAGUCGGAAUUCCGGAAGUUCGCACUAAUGCUUGAACACAAGUUGACUAUAUCUAAAGUGCAUGCGGGCUCCUCUUUCAUUCCAUAAACGGGCGAUGGUCGUUUGGAAUUUCUGCUAUCUAAGCACUAGCGGAUACCAUUUUUGCAGCAACUUUGUUUUCGCUAGCAGCCAACAUAUUUACAGUUUAUAUCGGGUCGACAUAAAGUAACUUGUCGGUAUAGAGGUAAAUUUAAAUUUUGCGACGAUGUCGACCACCAAUCUGAUCAUCUCUUGCUCAUUUCGAUCCUAGAUAAGACAAUAUGUAUGACGUUCUAACAACGAUCUUAAUAAACUACUUGGUACUGCCAGUGGACUGAUAUGUGUGAUUCCCUCGGUGCAUAAUGAAGUAAGAAUCCAUACAAACCUCGACCACAUAUUGUCAAACAUGACGAUUAUCGGCCGAUUAUAACGGUGUCUAUAUUCCUCCUUAUCUCUGUGUGUUUCUUUAUCUCCUCUUUGUGUUUCACGUCAUGUAGUUUUCUUAUCGCUCAGCAUUUGUUUGAUUUUAAGACGUCCCAUCGACUUCUGUACCGCACUCACCCGUAAUGAAAUUGUAUUGGAUGGGCGGUAUUUCAACAGAUAUGUUUGAAGAUUACAAUCAUGUUUAUCGUCGAGCGCACAGGCGACACUGCUUGUUAUUGAAGUUCAGACUGAUAUGAUUGGAGUCUCAUUAUUAAAAGAAACGAUAUGAUGUCUUGCCAACCUUUGAAAACACCGUCCUGUGUUCUUCUCGGUGCGUGAUAUUCAUGGUGUUGUUUUUAUUUUUGAUAAUUUUAUCGAGUAGCACCGAAACCAAGCAAAAUGUACGAUCAUGUGAUGAUGGGAGGGGCCAGUGAUCACUUAUGUACGUAUUCCAUGGACCUUGUUGCGACACAGUGUCUGCAUGGCUCCAGCCAACAAAAAAUAGGACAUCAGCUUCUACACCACCAAAAAUUUCAUCUUGCUUGGUCGGUAUGCGAAACAUUACUCUUCUUAGCAUAACUGUGCUCCCUGACCUCGUCAGAGAAUAUCCCUCGUAAACGUAGUUUCAUGCAAUUGAUGUAGUUGAGCCACAUACGUUUUCGUUAUUUGUACUGAUAGCAAUUUUGGGCUUACAAUACACUCCGUACAUCUUACAUACAGAAGGGAUCUUUUUAUUUCAUGCUUGCAGUUCUGUGAGCUCAUUUUUGAGGUCAUUAAGUAUAGUUUGCAAGCGGAAUACAUUACGACAAAUGGAAGCCAGAGCACUCUAAGGUGGCUCUAUCAUCUUCGAUGCUGUUCUGUAUCGCACCGCAACUUGCGUUUACAGCGUCCAACAAUGUCUCAACACACUCGACAACCUCCAUACUUAUGCCUGAUACUGCGGCCGAGCCCCGAAAGUGAUUUGCAAAACACAGAUCGUUUAUUGCAACUCAGGAAUAAGACCCAUUCUGCGGCAGCUUUUUUUCGCUGCAUAGAGUACAAUGCCCGCCAACCGCGCAUCCGAGCGUUUACGACGCCUGGAAUUCUGUCUAUUUUUUGUCCACGUGGGCGCAUCCGCACUCCAGCUUGCAUUUCUUCGGCUUGUCAGCACACUGGUCCGCGUAUUUGAGGAAACCGCUUGCAUGCAAAUAUUUAUCCUUUCCUGACCCAAUGUGAGUUCUUGUGGGUCAGCUAGUGGCCGUAACUUACGGCACAUACUUCAUGCACAAAAUAAACACGCCUUACCUCCAGGGCUGGACGAAAAAUUCCUAAGACAUGUUGGAUGCUUAAUCACGCGCAAAACCGUCGUGGUAUCUUACAAACCCAUUAAGAUUAACUUUUCGCGCCUAUUUUAGUGUCUACAGUGUGUGUGGCCCUUCACCCCGUUGUCUACCAACAGCACGGAUUUCCGCUUCAGGAUGAUUCUGCGGCUUCCUCCAAGCGAAUCAGCCCAAAAGCUGACGAGUUGAUGGCUCUCUGCCUGACCUUUCUUGAAAAAGAAAAAGCUAUCUGCACUAGGGAGUACGCGGACUUCGCCCGAACUGGCAACCUUCCCAAGUUGCGACCGGAGUGGUCCACGGAACCGCACGGUGGCGUGGAGAGCAUGUUCAAGUCGCUGCACUACAGGAACCUCAACUUUGCCGCACUGGCGCAGGAAGCCCUUUCGAGUUCCGGUCUGAUGGCUGGCAAAAAAGCGGCUGGCGAUAUGCAGCAGACAGCGUUUGAACCCAAGAUCUCCCUGACGGCUGACAAACCGAAAGAAACGCAGUCAAAGGGCAGGCCCCUAAUAGAGGAAGUUGUCCACAAACCUCCACCGCCCUCCUGGAAGUUAGGAAGAAGUCCUGAAAACGCAAAUCUCAAAUACUCAAUCAAUCUUCCUGCGAAUGUGACCCUCAAGGAUUGCGAAUUGGACAUAUCCUCGGUAAAGCCCCAUAUUUCACAGAAAUCGGCAGUCAAGGAACGAUUUAACGGGUUCUGAUCCCAUAUUUCACUCAAGUUGACAAGCAACAGAUGACAUGACAUAAGAUACCAAGCACUCAGAUUGCGGUGGCAAAAAGUUCGUUUAGAGGUCGGUUUGUAUUUUAGUAGGUGCGGAGUUCUAGAUUAGUCGCUCUAGAACGCGGUCGGUGUUGGGGGUCUUAACAUACACCCGGAAUCAAGCAACCUGCGAAGUGACACUGCAGCAAAUUUACAAAUAUGGGCAUUAAGGCAAGCGUUAAAAAAUUAGAUAAUUUCGGACCACAGUUCAGGGUUUGUUAAAUCACGUAUGUAAUUUCCUGAAGGUUUUGCUGAAAUGUUUGUCGUCCCUGUACCUAAAGUUACUCUGGGCUACCACGCGAUCUUUUCAUCUGACUGACGGAUUUCGGGAGCUUAUUCGAAAAUUACUGGUCUUUCUUCUGCCACGUUUUUGGUGACCAAUUCCCGGUAAUCCAAGUGUUGAGAUUGGCACAUACUCCUGGGCAGAGUAUUUUCUAACGAACCAAAUUACAAAUUGAGGUUGACUAUAUAUUUCGAGACCCGCUGUCUUCACCCAAAUCAACAGAAACCGUCCGUAGUGUCUGUCGCGUGUUGUGGUCGGAUGCUUGCCCACAAUAUUUUCCGAAUUGUUCUCUGUGAAAAUAAUAUCACGAUUCAAGUGUUAGAGGGCUCACCAGGACCUGAACACUUUUCAGUUGAAGGUGAAAAUAAUUCGAUCUCCGAGAGCACGCUUUUGCACGGCUGCGUUUUCGUACGUUUUUAAAAAUUCAUCCCUGGGAAUAAAUGAUAGAGCGAAUCAAACCAAUGACAUAUCAGAACCACUUCGUCCUAGCGGAUGAUUGAAAUGCCCUCUGCAGUGUGCAGAUAAAAAGCCUGGCUUUUUGACUUGCUUCAGAGGCAAAACCGUUUGGCAGUAGGCUUUUCGAUUACCUCACGAGAGUGAACUUACUUCAAUCCGAAGGCGUUUAUAAGCUGAUGCCUGUAUGUUCGACUCUGGGGGGUUCAAACAAAAAUGCCACCGAUGAUAUGGAAUGUUCUGUCGUACAUUAAGGACAUUUCAGUGGCGACCGAGCGCAUCAUCGACGGACUAGGUGUCGGAAUUACUUACCUGCCCAGGGCUACCAAGUGCAUCAGGGUCAUGAAAAUCGGGGGCUGAUUAAAUCCCAGGGAGCAGUUUAAAGUAGUGUAUCGUAGCUCAUGCUUAAACUGUCAUUGUAAUGACACAGGUCGGAAUGAACGCACGCUCGGAUCGUGCAUACGCGUACGUAAGCUGGUUGGGCGAUAAAUUAUUGUAAGUAACCGUUCACAUUCGAAACGCGUCAUGAGUCCAACUUCGCAGCCGUCAAGAUAAUCGUCCAUGCCUAAAUCAAGGCAGGCUGAGGAUCCAGUCGAUCGAUAUAUCGAUCUGGCACCGGGCCACAGAGUCCUGCUCACUCAUCUCCAGACAUACGCGACUAAUCACGGACUGGUUAAUGCCUCUUCCUGCUUUCGUCUUGGAUGGUGAACUCCUACACGAUUUCAAAGAUUCAGAAUGAUAAAUAACUUGUUUCAGUGCUUGACCAGACUACUUCCCACUUGCAGUUUGUCCAAUUAACGUCGUUGGUUUGAAAUGAGGUCUGAUUCUGCUCAAGAGAACUGGGAAAUCGAUAACCUAUCAUCUAGUCAGAAUGGCACUUUGUGUGUUGUUCUACACAGUACCAAUUUACCACGGCAGAGGAGAUUGCUAACUGAGCAUACAAAAACUGACACGCCUUUCUCCUCAUCAUAAAAAAACAUCGGAAUUCUCGGUGCCUUUUGCCUUUCACUCCAAGCAUGAAUUGCAGCCGUACCCCGAUAAUAGCAAUAUGGGGUCUCUUCCUUCCUUUUAGACCAUGCUCUCUCUGAAGAUCAAAGGAACAGAUGAAUUUUCCGGCCCUUAUUCGGUUCAAUUUCCCGAGCCCGUUCCCCCCUCAAAAGCGAAAGCAAAACUGAAUAAGAAGAAAAACAUCUUGAACGUGCAUAUUCCUCUUGAAUAA